AUGAGUUGCAGAGACUGUUGUGGGUGCCCAAAAUUUAUUAAAAGUUGCUCGAUUCGAAACGAAUCUAAUGGUGAUGUUCACGUUUAUGUGAGUUACAAAAAGCUUGGCUCUGAUUUAGGCGACAGUGAGGGUCACCAAUAUGAUGUGGCCAUACCUCAGGGUGAAACUCAUCGAGUAGAACAUAGAAUUGUCAAACACGAUCUAGCUGAUUAUAACUCACAAAUUAAUAAGAUUGACGUCACUUUGGUUAAUGGGAACCAGUUGCAUGUAGAAGAACCAUUUGAUGGUGUUCGUGAAAUUCAAAACGACUGGCUCUUUGUUAUCAAUGAUCAAAGUAUCAAAUCGCUUCCAGCCGAGAACUAA